CAAUCCUGGAGACUGCGGGGAGUGCUAAGAAGUGGAAAUGGCGGCUUCUUGUUCCACCAAUCUCAUCAGCUUCCCACCAUCUCUGAGAAAGUCAACAUCGCCGUCCUAUUCUCUCUCAUGGCAAGCAUCUCUCCCUUCCACCGUCUCCUUCGCCGUCGGCCGUCGGGUCUCUUCCAGAACAACCAAGUCGUUGGUGGUGGUUGUGACGGCCAUGAUGGAAGCAAAGCCCACGGUCCUCGUCGCAGAGAAGCUCGGAGAAGCGGGUCUCGAACUCCUCAAGGGCUUCGCCAACGUUGACUGCUCUUAUAAUAUGAGCCCCGAGGAGCUUUGCACCAAGAUCUCACUGUGCGACGCCUUAAUCGUCAGGAGCGGCACUAAGGUUACUCGUGAGGUGUUCGAGUCCGCCGGCCGUCGCCUCAAGGUUGUCGGACGGGCUGGCGUUGGUAUUGAUAACGUUGACCUUUCGGCCGCCACGGAGCAUGGAUGUCUUGUUGUUAAUGCCCCAACAGCUAAUACUAUUGCGGCUGCUGAGCAUGGGGUUGCUCUUCUAACUGCUAUGGCGCGUAACAUCGCCCAAGCGGACGCUUCUGUCAAAGCCGGGAAGUGGGAAAGGAGUAAGUAUGUAGGUGUGUCACUUGUUGGAAAAACCCUUGCUGUGAUGGGAUUUGGAAAGGUUGGAUCAGAAGUUGCUAGGCGAGCAAAGGGGCUUGGCAUGCAUGUGAUUGCACAUGAUCCAUAUGCCCCAGCAGACAGAGCCCGGGCAAUUGGUGUGAAUUUAGUGACCUUUGAAGAAGCCAUAUCAACUGCAGAUUUUAUUUCAUUGCACAUGCCUCUCACUCCUGCUACAUCCAAGAUUCUCAAUGAUGAGUCCUUUUCAAGGAUGAAGAAAGGAGUUCGGAUAGUCAAUGUCGCUCGUGGUGGUGUGAUUGAUGAGGAAGCUCUAAUAAGGGCCUUGGAUUCAGGGAUUGUCGCUCAGGCAGCGCUUGAUGUGUUCACUGAAGAACCUCCACCAAAAGAUAGUAAGUUGGUGCAGCAUGAAAAUGUGACUGUUACUCCACAUCUUGGUGCCAGCACAACGGAGGCACAGGAAGGAGUGGCCAUUGAAAUAGCUGAAGCUGUUGUUGGGGCUCUAAAAGGGGAGCUUGCUGCUACUGCAGUAAAUGCACCCAUGGUUCCUGCUGAGGUUUUAUCCGCACUUGCGCCAUUUGUUGUUCUGGCAGAGAAGCUUGGCCGCCUGGCUGUGCAACUUGUUGCAGGUGGAAGUGGUGUGAGAUCAGUGAAGGUGACAUAUGCCUCUUCCCGAGGUCCAGAUGAUCUUGACACUCGCUUGUUGCGUGCUAUGGUCACCAAGGGUCUAAUUGAGCCUAUUUCCAGCGUUUUUGUGAACUUGGUGAAUGCUGACUUCACUGCCAAGCAGAGAGGACUGAGGAUAACAGAAGAAAGAGUGGUGCUAGAUGGCUCACCGGAGAACCCGCUUGAGUUUAUCCAGGUACAAAUUGCUAACGUGGAGUCGAAAUUUGCCAGUGCUAUCUCGGAGUCUGGUGAGAUUAAAGUGGAAGGAAGGGUGAAAGAUGGGAAACCUCAUCUGACCAAAGUUGGAUCAUUUGGGGUGGACGUGAGUCUGGAAGGGAGCCUCAUUCUGUUGAGGCACGUUGAUCAACCUGGUAUAAUUGGAAAGGUGGGAAGCAUCCUGGGUGAGGAGAACGUCAAUGUGAGUUUCAUGAGUGUUGGGAGGACUGCACCACGAAAACAGGCUGUAAUGACAAUUGGUGUAGAUGAGGAGCCCAGCAGGGAAGCAUUAACAAGAAUUGGGAAUCUACCAGCCAUUGAAGAGUUUGUUUUCCUCGAGUUGUAGAACAAGCUUGAGUUUGCUAUCCAAUUUUCGAGACGUUGCUUAAUUACUGUUCAAAAUUUCCCUUCUUGUGUGAAGAUUUUUUAUUUUUUCCCCCUUUUCGGUGAUGAUUAAAAUGGAUGCCUUUCAUCCAGUUUUAUCUAUUUCCGCAUUGACUUGUAACUUGGAACCAUUAAUUUGUGAUAGCUUUAAUUAGCUUCCUGAAUGCCCAUUACGUUUUGGUAAAAGAGCUGUAUUUUCCAA